GUAUAGACUUUCGCCCUUUCCCAUCAACAAUGGAAUCGUUGUACAAUAUUCCCUUUUCUGUGUUAGAAUGUCCACGGUUGAGGUUAAAGAAGCCGACGUGGAUCAAGCAACCCUCUGCGAUGACAAUGUUUGCAAUUGUCUUGCUGUCAUAUUUUCUUGUGACAGGAGGCAUUAUCUAUGAUGUUAUUGUAGAGCCACCUAGUAUUGGUUCCACCACAGAUGAAAGAGGGAAUUCUAAACCUGUAGCCUUUAUGCCUUACAGAGUAAAUGGUCAAUAUAUUAUGGAGGGAUUAGCUUCUAGUUUCCUAUUCACCCUCGGAGGGCUCGGUUUUGUUAUUCUCGACCAGACAAAUUCACCGGUGAUGCCUAAGCUUAAUAGGAUACUGCUAUUCUGUGUAGGAUUUGCGUCCAUUCUUAUCUCAUUCUUUAUGUGCAGAGUUUUUAUGAGAAUGAAAUUACCAGGUUACCUACAGUCAUAGAGAAGUCUCCAAAUAUUAUAGUACCAUCAACUUAUCUUAACAGCUUUAAUAUAAUAAACAUUUUGUAAUAAUUAUGUAAUAAUUUGGAAAAAAAAUUGUAGAAGAAAAAAAAUGUUAUCAUUCAAAUUGAUCAUAAAAUUAUAUGAAGUAAUCAAUUUACGGUAGAACUUUAAAACUAUGAAUGCCUUCUAAACAUUGAGUUAAAACUCAACAUGGUUUAGUUUUGGUUUCAGGUUUUAAAGUUCAGCUGUUAAACCUUUACAAAAAGGGGGUCUGCCAAAUGUACAUGUCUGAAUUGAACAUACAGAGACACACAGAACUUUGUUUAGCUUCCUUGUGUGUCAAAAAUAAUGAUGAGAAUUUUCUUUUUUCAUUAUUCUAUUACUAUAAUAUAUGACUUCCGUGUUUACAUUAUAUAAUAUAAAGUAGAUUAUCAUAUGAAAUUAUGUUCAAAUUGUUUAGAGAUUUAAAAGAAGAAGAAGAAAAUCUACAUGUAAAUUAUUGGAAUUUAACAAUUAACUGGAACAACUUUUGUCAAAUUUUAGUAUAUUUCAAUUUAGCUUUGUUUUUAUCAUUUGUUUUGAUCGGAAAUUUUGUAGUUAGAAUAUUUUGUAUGUUUUCUGGCUGUAUGAGUAGAAUGAUAAUUUAAGAUUUGACUUUUCUCUUUAUAAGAUGAUUGAAUGUGAAUGUUAAAUUGUUUUUACAUGGAGAAUUCUUUAUGUAUAACAGUAUAUAAUGUAGAAAAAAAUAAAGAUAUGUUUUAUAAUAAA